AGACCAUUUUAAUUUAAAACAUUUUAAAAACAAAGUACCGGUUCAGGCACCGUUUUAAAAGUAUCGAUUUAGCACCGGUAUCGGAAUGUUCCACCCAGUACACUCCAUCACCACCUGGCAGUCCACACCUGUAUUGCUUUGAUAAUGUCAGCAGUAAAGUGCUACAGUGAAGUGCAAAUAAAGUGCCAAAGUUCUGAACCCUGUCUCUGACCUGUUUAAGGGGACACUCAGAAGUAGGGCAGGCUCUUAUCUGGACCGCAUAAUGGAGGGGCCAGGGGUUAGUUAAUGGUUACUUAGGCGGCCAUAUUUUUGAGUCUUACUUACCUACUUAGUCUUACAUUAUGAUACCCAGAAUUUAUUGAACCAUAGUGCUACUUCAGAUAGUCAAUAGCUAUACUGCUUUGUGCAAGGGUUUAAUUUAUGUCUAUAUGAAGUCUGACUAUCUAACUAUAAGCCAUAGUCAAAGUCUCAUUUAGUGAAACCGGCCCCAGGUCCUGAUAGGGUGACAUGGUCUGACUGGGCUGCUGAGAAAUCCUGCAGCAGAAAACACCUGGGUUACGCACAUGGCCUACCUAGGCGAUCAGCGCACACUCACACACACUCACGUCUGUUAAACAAAAUGAAAAACACAAAAUUAGCAUUUGAAGGUCUUCCCAGACACUAACCAAAAACAAACACACUCAUAUUGAAAGUAGACGUUUCAGCAGCAAAUACCAAAGCCCACGCCAUGGUCAAUCAGUGCCUGACAUUUGUUUUAGUAUAUCUGCUCAAACGGACUAAGGAUGAAACAUUUUACACAAAGUUAAAAGUAACUGGGAUACCAAAAGAACAAAACACACGACAGAUGUCAGAAAUCAUGAUAGAGACAUUAACACACUGAUUGAAGUCCACAAAUGUUGUUUAUAAAGCAACAAUAACAAAAAAAAACUUGUAGCAGUAUGAAAUAGCGACCCAACCGAGUUAUAACAAAGCUGUGAAGUAGGUUGCAGUUUUCAGGAGAUGCCAUGUUUGAGCUUCUCAGAGAGAGAAAACAAACAAGGAACAGAAAGAAAUAAAAACCUCCAGCUCCACUGAACAAUGACGACAACAAUAACAAUCCAUAGUGAGUGGUUCAGUGGAAUAUAAACUAUGAUACAAGUACAUUUGUGGGACUACAAUAUCAAACAUAUAAACUGUUAGUAUAUAUGUGGGGCUACAGUAUCAAACAUAUAAACUGUUAGUAUAUAUGUGGGGCUACAAUAUCAAACGUAUAAAUUGUUCGUAAACUUGUGGGGCUACAAUAUCAAACGUAUAAACUGUUAGGAUGUUUUUCAGAGGCGUGUAGUGGGAAAGGCUUUGCCUUCAGCAGGUGUUCUAGGUGUCCUCAGAGGGGGUUAAUCUUCCACUUGCCGGCGUGAAAGCUGUGUGAGUGGACACUGUGUGUAGAACCGGACACACACACAGGAUCGGUGUUAGACUCUUCAGGAGUGUGUCUGUACCAUGCUGAAGUUAGUGUUUCUCGCAGCUCUUUUGACGGAAGGUAAGGUCCACACACACACACGGUGUUUGGGUCUGAUACAAUGUCUGUAAAGACUCCAGGAAAACUUGGCUAGCUUCAUACACUUAAAUAAAACCAUCUGCUGAAUCCCUGAGCUCUGAAACAAUGUGUGUUGCUUAUCAUUCAUCUAGUACAAGCUAUUCACUGCUGUUCUGAACAUGAUGUCAACAAUUUUAAAAAUAUUCUACAGUGUGUUUGAUGUGUGUGUGUGUGUGUGUGUGUGUGUGUGUGUGAUGUGUAUUAAUGUGUUUGUGUGUGCGCGUGUGUAUGUGUGUGUGUGUGUGGUGUCUGUAUGUAUGAUGUGUGAUGUGUAUUAAUGUGUGUGUGUGUGUGUGUGCGUGUGCGUGUGUAGCCUACGGUUGUGGGCUGCCCACAUUCCCCCCUGUGGUGACGAGGGUGGUGGGAGGAGUGGAUGCCAGAGCCCACAGCUGGCCCUGGCAGAUCUCUCUGCAAUACACCAGAAAUGGCAACUGGUACCACACCUGUGGAGGAACCCUCAUCUCUGCUGACUGGGUCCUCACUGCUGCCCACUGCAUCAGCAGCAGCAGCAACACCUACCGUGUGGCCCUGGGGAAACACGAUCUGACAGUGACCGAGGAGGCCGCUCAGUUCAUCAACGCCGCCAAGAUCAUCGAACACGAGAACUACAACAUCCUCCUCAGCCGUAACGACAUUGCUCUGAUCAAGCUGCAGACCCCUGUGACCGUUUCUCACACCAUCAUGCCCGCCUGUCUGCCCGAUGCUGGACACGUCCUCGACCACGACUUCCCCUGCUACGUCACCGGCUGGGGACGCCUGUGGACGGACGGUCCCGGUGCUGAUGUCCUGCAGCAGGCUCUGCUCCCGGUGGUGGACCACGCCACCUGCUCCCAGUCCGACUGGUGGUCAGUGCUGGCCACUGAUGACAUGGUGUGUGCAGGGGGGGACGGACAAGUGGCUGGCUGCAACGGUGACUCAGGGGGACCUCUGAACUGCCAGAGUCCAGAUGGAUCAUGGGAAGUCCAUGGCGUUGUGAGCUUCGGGUCGGGAACAGGCUGCAACGUCCACCAGAAACCCACAGUCUUCAUGCAGGUCAGCUCCUACAUCGACUGGAUCAACGCGACUGUGGCCAACAACUGAAGCAGAGGGCAGCAAUGGAGACUGGACUAUACAACGGCAAACCUGCAGCUAACACACACACACACACACACACACUUCUGCCAACAUACUGGAUAAAAUAAAUCCUAAUCAGAUGAAUUAUGUUAGAAUGCAAGAAACUAUGUAAUGGAACUUGAAAUAAAG